AUGCUUUUCUUCUUAUUAGUUGCAUUUGUUUCUGCUGAUUUUGAUAUACAAAGUGCAGGUAAGUUAUAUGACCACACUGUUCUUGAAACUAGUUUACAGGCAGAAGGAGUUCCAAAUUAUUUUAUUUUUAAUGCUACAAGACAAAAAGAGUUAUGGACCACUGUUGAUUCCAGUGAUGAAACAGUUAUUGGAAUGGUGGAAUUAUCUUUCGAAUAUUUUGUUGCAAACAAUUUAUUAAAUCGUCUUGCUGUUUGUAUUGGUAAAAAAGAUGAACUUCCAAAUAAUUAUGAUGAAAUUGGAACUAAUUUUAUUAAUCCACAAGGAACCACCUAUUGUAAAGAACAAACAAGUAGUUCUAGUGGAGCACUUAAAAUUUCAUUUGAAAAAACAUAUGAAGAAUAUUAUAUUUCUGUUUAUGUUAAAUGUAAAACUGAUACAUUUUGUUUUUCACAAGAUACAAUUAUUUCAACAACAUGUGGAAAAGAACAAUCAAGUGAAACAAUUAAAAAUUAUAAUAAAGAACCAUAUGUUGUUCUUCCAAACAAAGAUUUCAGAUUUUCAACUGAAUUUGAAUAUGGAGGAAGUCAAUCAGAUAAAAAAGUAUUAAAUUUUGUUAUUUACACACCAGCUGAAGGAGAUAAGAAUAUUUACUUUGCAAUGAAAGGUAAAGUUAUUCCAACAUUAUUUUAUACAACUAAUUUAACUGAAACAUGUUCUGGUAAUGCUUGUUUCCAUACUAAUGGAGCUGAAAAUGGAUUCUUUGAAUUAUCAAAUAUUGAUGCAAAAACUCCAGUUAAAAUUAUGCUUCAAGGAAAUGAAAAAUCAAAAAUUCAAAUUAAAUUAAGUGAUGGAACUGAUUUUGCACCAGCAACAAUCAUUUCUUUCAUGGCUCUUCUUCUUUUCUUUAUGUUAUAA